GAAACAGUCAACAAAGAUGGCGGAAGGGUAGUCGACUGGACGAUCUGCUGUACAAGAGAAACGACCAGAUAUUAUAGUCGACAUUGUGACGCCACAUCUCGGGAUCAAAUGUGAUGCUGAGUACAAUGUCCAGUGGGAAAACAACAUACUCCUGUGAGGAAUGUGGCAAGUCAUUUGGCUGGAAGAGUUCUUUUGAGAAACACAUAAUUGCACAUAAUGGUGUUAAAAACUUUAAAUGUGAUGAAUGUGGGAAACUUUUUUCAGAAAAUGGUAAUCUCAAGAGCCACAUUCUUGCUGUUCACCGUGGUGUUAAAAACUUUAGAUGUGAUGAAUGUGGGAAACAUUUUUCACAUAACAGUCAUCUCAAGAAACAUACUGAGUCUGUUCACUGUGGUGUUAAAAACUUUAAAUGUGAUGAAUGUGGGAAACUUUUUUCAGAAAAUGGUAAUCUCAAGAGCCACAUUCUUGCUGUUCACCAUGGUGUUAAAAACUUUAGAUGUGAUGAAUGUGGGAAACAUUUUUCACAAAACAGUCAUCUCAAGAAACAUACUGAGUCUGUUCACUGUGGUGUUAAAAACUUUAAAUGUGAUGAAUGUGGGAAACAUUUUUCACAUAAUAGUUCUCUCAAGAACCACAUUCUUGCUGUUCACUGUGGUGUUAAAAACUUUAAAUGUGAUGAAUGUGGGAAACAUUUUUCAAACAAGGGUAAUCUCAAGAACCAUAUUCUUGCUGUUCACUGUGGUGUUAAAAACUUUAAAUGUGAUGAAUGUGGGAAACAUUUUUCCGUAAAUUGUAAACUCAAGAACCAUAUUCUUGCUGUUCACUGUGGUGUUAAAAACUUUAAAUGUGAAGAAUGUGGGAAACAUUUUUCAGAAAAUGAUGCUCUUGGGGAACAUAGUUUUGCAGAGCACAGUGGUAGUAAGUUUGAUAAAUGUGAGAAACAUUAUUCUGAAAAUGGUUGUCUGAGUAGGCAUAUUCUUACUGUUCACCGUGGUGUUAAAAAAUUUAAAUGUGAUGAAUGUGGGAAAAAUUUUUCUCAAAAGUGUCAUCUCAAGAACCAUAUUCUUGUUGUUCACUGUGGUGUUAAAAACUUUAAAUGUGAUGAAUGUGGGAAACAUUUUUCCAGGAAAAACAAACUCAGGCUUCAUUUACUUGUGCACGAAAAAAAGAGAAUUAAAUAAAUUUUUUAAUCAGUUCAGCAGAAGAGUAAUGUGAAACUUGAAUACUUCAACUUAAAACCACUUGAGCAAACUUUAUGAAUGUAGCCCAAGUUGUUAUUACCGUAUUUACUCGUGCAUAAACUGAUCUUAUAUGUAGUUUGAUCCCUGAUUUUGUUGUUAAAUAAUUGUGAGCUUUUCAUAUAGCUCUUGUAUAAUAUGACCCUAGCUUUUGAGAAAUACUGAACAAUACAAGGUACCGGUAUAAUCCCAGACAUAAUUAGUAGAAAGACGCCAGGAGCCUCGCGCUCUCCUGGUUAGUAAUUGUACAGUUCAACUGCAACACAUAAACUAGUACAGGUUGUACCUCUCUAGUCCGGCAUUCUGUGGUCCAGAAACUCCCGUGGUCCGGAACGAUUUUAGUUGUCCAAUAAGUAGAUAGGCAGCUUUUU